GGAGGAGCGUCGGGCUUCGUCCAGCCAGAGGGAGCGAUCACCGACCGUCUGCAGCGCGCCUGGCCGUUCCGCGACCUCCUCUCCUCGGCCCUGUCCGCUUCAGCGCCCCGCUCCCUCUCUGGUAGACCUACUAUGGGUUGUGUCGCCAACUCCACCGGGACUGAAGUGCUACUGCAGCUGGAGGCUCUCCGCAGCGCCGCGCAACUUUCUCAACUAUUCCGACUCACGGAGAAAAGAAAGAUUUAUUAUAAAGCUGUCCGGGACAUUGAAGCAGGGGAGGAGCUCUUAGUGUAUAUGAAGGACGGUAUUUUCCCCGAGGGAUCCAUGGCACCCAACCUACAAGACGAGCAGAUGUACCGCUGUGAAGACUGUGAUGAGCUGUUCUCCUCAACACUUGAGCUGCGGCGGCACCAGAAGUAUUCGUGCUCGAGCACUGGCUCCAUCUUUGACACACUGAGAGAGGACUUCAAACAGGAGCGCGAGGACAGUGAUGAGCCUGUCCACGAGUGUAAAGACUGUGAGAAGAUCUUCCCAAAUGAGUACAGUCUGGGCCAACACAUGAUAGUCCACACAGAGGAGAGGGAGUACAAGUGUGACCAGUGCCCCAAAGCCUUCAACUGGAAGUCCAACCUCAUCCGUCACCAGAUGUCACAUGACAGUGGCAAGCGCUUUGAGUGUGAAAACUGUGAUAAGGUACAGCAUACCCAGCACGUUUUUACAGAUCCCAGCAACCUUCAGCGCCACAUCCGCUCUCAGCAUGUGGGGGCACGCGCUCACACGUGUCCUGAGUGUGGCAAGACCUUUGCCACCUCGUCAGGCCUCAAGCAGCAUAAGCACAUCCACAGCAGUGUCAAACCCUUUAUCUGCCCUGAUGGGCUGCGUCUUUUUGCUCCCCCAGGCGAGGUGUGCCACAAAUCCUACACCCAGUUCUCCAACCUCUGCCGACACAAGCGUAUGCAUGCUGACUGCCGCACCCAGAUCAAGUGUAAGGACUGCGGGCAGUUGUUCAGCACUACCUCCUCCCUCAACAAGCAUCGCCGCUUCUGUGAGGGCAAAAACCAUUAUGGCUCUCCAGCAGGGAUGUUCAACCCUGGCAUCCCCAUGAGCUCCAGUCCCAUCAUGGCCAAGGCCAAAUCCCACCAUCCUCACCUCCCAGGUCUAAACCAGUCAGGUUUAGGCUUCACUGACUACUUUCCGUCCCGACCUCACCCUCACGCUGGCUUGCCCUUCUCCCCAGGACCUCAUAGCUUCCCAUCUCUCCCUCAUGGUUUCCCAGGUAUCUUCUCCCCAUCACUGUAUCCGCGACCACCGUUAUUGCCAGCUAGUCCAUUGUUAAAGAGCCCGCUUGGUGGCGGCAGUCAAGAAGUGAAACUGCCUCGGAGUCCCUUAGAUGCUCCUCCACUGUCCCUGGUUAGCUCCACAAACAGCAAUGGAGGUAACAGCUUCAGUCAGCUGGAAGAUAAAGAAAAAGAAAGCAAACUAGAUUUGUCUUCUGGAGAAGCCAAGCCAAAAUCUAAGAUGGCAGACAUAUCUGACGGUAGUGACCUUGAAGAUGUUAAUACCACAAGUGGGACAGAUUUGGACACCACUACUGGUACUGCUUCAGGUGAUGGUUCUGACCUGGAGAGUGACGGAGAGAGUGAACGUGAGCGAAAUGGUAAAAGAAGGAAGGCGUCAGGGGCUGUAUCAAGUCAAGAAGGCCACCAGUUAGAAGACACGAACAAUGCUUUGAUAUCAGCUGUGUCUAGUUCUGGAAACUUCUCUAUCGAUCGUCCCUUUCUUUCUUCUGCAUCGUCCCAGCACUCCUUUUUCCCUCCGCCUGAUGAGCAAGCCCUCCCGCCAUCCCACACAAAUGCCAAUGCAGCCACCACAGAUUCCAUCAAAGCCAUCGCCUCUAUUGCUGAGAAAUAUUUUGGCCCAGGUUUGAUCGGCCUCCAUCAAGAGAAGAAGAUGGGUCCAUUGCCCUAUCAUUCCAUGUUUCCUUUCCAGUUUCUGCCCAACUUCCACAACUCCCUUUAUCCCUUCAGUGCUGAUCGUGGUGCCCUAAAUCCUAGCAUGUUCUUUAAGGCAGAGCCCAAGUCGCCUCGCGAGCAGCUGCACAAGAUGGUGUCUGGUGCCCCCGGAGCUCCUGCGUCAACAGGGGAGUCACCAUUUGAUCUCACCACAAAACCCAAGGAGACCAAGUUAGCUCCUCCAACCCCAACAAACCCCUCAAACCCCAACAGUAGUACUGGGAGCAGUAGUGGACCUUUAGCAAUAUCUAGCAGUGAAGAACAGCCAUUGGACCUCAGCAUUGGUGGCCGGAGCCGAGGUAGUCAUAAUGGUGUGGCAGCUGAGCCACAAAAUAGAAAGAACCACAUCUUUGGGGCUGGAAAGGGGGUCUCCAUCAAAGAUGAAACCCCACCUGGGUUUCCACAACCCCAUUCCCAGUCAUUGCACCAAUCCUCCAUCUCUCAGCACCAGCAGCCCCAGGCUCAGCCUCACCAGCCACCCCCUCUGCACUAUGCCAAGCCCUCAGCAUUCUUCAUGGACCCCAUAUACAGCAGGGUGGAGAAGAGGAAGCUACUCGACCCCGUAGGAGCUCUGAAGGAAAAAUUCCUCAGGCCGUCACCACCACUCUUCCAUCCACAGAUGUCAGCAAUGGAGAACAUGACAGAGAAGCUGGAGAGCUUUGGAGCUCUAAAACUGGAUGUGCCACCCAAUUCGCUGCAACACUCAGCUCAUCCACUGUUCAACUUCCGCUCACCACCACCCUCCCUCUCAGACGCCAUCCUUCGCAAGGGCAAGGAGCGUUACGCCUGCAGGUACUGUGGGAAAAUCUUCCCUCGUUCAGCAAACCUCACCAGACACUUGCGGACACACACGGGGGAACAACCCUACAGGUGUAAAUACUGUGACCGCUCAUUCAGCAUCUCAUCCAAUCUUCAGCGCCACGUUCGCAACAUCCAUAACAAGGAGAAACCCUUCAAGUGUCACCUGUGCAACCGCUGCUUCGGUCAGCAAACCAACCUCGACCGCCAUCUCAAGAAGCACGAGCAUGAGAACAUUCCUGUGAGCCAACAGUCCGGGAUGCUGUCCAACCUAGGAACCACCAUCUCCUCCCCAAACUCCGAGCCAGACAAUCAUGCACUUUUAGAUGAGAAGGAGGACUCGUACUUCUCAGAAAUCCGCAACUUCAUUUCCAACAGUGAGAUGAACCAGGCCUCCAGCUCCACGGAUAAGAGAUCAGACCAGGCGGACGAGGAACGCCCACCCAGCCACAGUUUGUCCAACUCCAAGCUAGGGCUCCAGGGGCUAGAGGAGGAGGAGGAGGAAGUGGAGGGUGAUGAUGAGGAGGAAGAGGAAGGCAGCCUGACGGAGAAGUCUCAUGACGAGGCGCCUGAGUCCCCAUCUCCAGUCACAACGGGAGUGUAUGAGGAGGACGAGGAGGAGGAGGAGACGGAGACGGCUCCAUUAGCUAUGAGCUAUGAACACACCCGCAGGUGUAUAGAGGAGGAGGGCUCUCUCCUGGACUUGGAGGGUCUGCCCAGCUUUCCCAAGAGCCUGGAGGGGUUACGUAAAGCAGCCAGUGACGAGCAACCUUUUGAUGUUAAAGACAUAUUUAAUACUUCACUAGAGUCGGAGGCACUGAAAGAGACAUUGUACAGGCAGGCCAAAACCCAGGCUUAUGCAAUGAUGCUGUCUCUCUCGGAGAACAACCCUUUGCACGCGCCCUCCCAGAACUCUCUGGACGCUUGGCUGAGCAUGGGAGGUGGACCGUCUGAGACGAGCAGCUUUCACCCGCUCAACCACAUCUAGAUAAGAGAGACAAAGAAAGAGAGGGAAAGUGGGAGGAAGAGUAGGAGGAACAUUAGUUUCCCAAAUGGAUAGAAACAAGAGACUGAGUUGACAUAAGUAGUGAGAAACAUGGAGGCCGGAGAAAAAAUUCAGUGUCACGUACAUUCAAGAGAGAAAGUGUGUGUGUGUGUGUGUGUGUGUGUGUGUGUGUGUGUAUGAGUGUGUGUAUGUGAGUGAGAGAGAGUAAGAGUGUGAGAGGGGAGAGAGAGAUUGUCCCUAAGUGGGGCAUCUCGCAAAACUCAAAAAAGAAAGCACUGCUAAGCUCCUGUUGAUGUGAAGGACAUGAUGAAUGCUUCUCAACAGCAUUGAAACUCUGCAUUACUCUUAUCCUCCCCAAGUCCACAAGGCUCACUCCAGCACCAUAGAGACCCUAUGUAAGGCUCUCAUAAAGACACUUAAUGACUAGUACGUCUCUAAAGUCUGUGUACAAAGCCUACCACAAGCACUGCAGCAACAGCACUGCAUUAGCACUGCAUGUCCACAAGGUGGUACUGUUUCACCAGGAACAUAGUGGGCGCGUGCACUAUUGUGUCCAAGUUUCCCCCACCAAUCACGGGUGACUCAUUUACUGAUCUUGUUUCAGUUAUAACUGCAGAAUCAACAAUAGCACCACACUAAAUGUUACUUGAGGAAAUGAUGGUUCCAGUAGACUGUUGAUUUUUAAGUGAUUACAUGGAGAAUGAUGUUCAAUGUUCAAAUGUGCACAGCAACUGGUGAUUUUGAUGCGCUAUUUGGGACACUAGCCAUUGUAAUUUGUUACCCAUUUUGAUCAUGCUGAAAAAUGAAUUGAAAUCAUACACAAAAAAAUGAGGAAAGUCUUUCUCUGCUUGUUUAUUUCAUCGUUAUUUGUUAACUUUAUUUACUUUUUCUCCUCUUAGAUACCACAGUAUUGUUCCGUUGUAGGCACCACAGUGCUAAAUUGUUAAUAUAAUUAUUUUAGAGAAGGACCAAAAUUGUAUGAUAUUGUCAUAUGAUGUAAAAAAUAACUUAGAUGUUCAUUGCAAGAGUGGUAUGUGCCAAAUAACCCAUAGAAAAUGUUUUGUUCUCUGACAAUCAUUUCAUUUCCAAGGGGCUUGCAUUUGCUGUCAUAGUUUUUUUUUCUUUUUUUUUUUUUCAUAUUACGCUCUUAUAUAUUUGAUUUCUGAAGUGUGUGUAUGUAUUUAUUUUUGGUUGUUUAGUCAUGACUGGAGGAGUGGAAAUGAAGAUGUCAUUUUAUCCCUUUUGUUUCUUGAUACUGAAGGAAUGAAUGCCUAUCAGAACAUGAGGGAGAUUACGAAUCUCUGGUUUUGAUGCGUCAGUGUGCCAAAAUGGAAAGAACCCAUAAAAAGUAAUUAUUUUUAUUUAUAGUGAAAGAUAGAUGUAGUUAGCUUUAGAUCCUAUUUGGCUUUGUAGCGUCCUGCAGUGUUUAGUUGUUGGGUUUUUUUGGGUUUUUUUUGUUUCUGUUUUUUUCUGUUCCAUUUCAACCAUUUUACCCAGUAUGCUGAAUGAGUCUUGUUCAAAGUGCAUUUUAGUAUUAUGGGGGGCAGAUUUGGACAGCUUUCAUUAUGAAUAUCAGAAAUGGGCAUUAUGUUGUCACCUUCAGACUAGCUUUUACCAUAUCAGGCUCCCUGUCCCCUGCUUUUCAUUUGAUGCAUUUAGUGUAAACAAUGAAUGUUCCUUUUAAAAUUAGUUGUCCCAUAUGACAUGGUCCAAAAGUCUAUUAUACAUACAGUCACGUCUGCAUGCACACCUAAUCUUCACUACAAUGGCGCAAUGACAUUGCUGGUCAUGCAAGAAAGAGGGCAAGGAAUUAUGAAACGGAAACAAAAAAAAAAGAAAGUAACCACAGAUAGUGUUUAAAUUGACAUCUGUAUUAUACUGGUUGGUCCUUUAAAACAUGCAAAACAAUGUUAAUUCUUGACAGAGAAACAGAAACACUUGAACAUGAGUUUAACUUGGUAUUCCCUGUUCUUCUUCUGAGGUCAUACUAAAAACUCAUUCCAUGUGGUCUAUAUGGUAGCUGUGCCAUGGAGGGCAUGAGUCAUGUACUGUAGAUAACUAUAGAUAGCUGCAGGAGCAGGGGGGUGAGCACUGUUGAUCAUUGUUGCCUUGGUCCUCCCUGCAUACUGGAACUCUCAGAACUAGGCCUGAUGCUGUAUUUUGAAAGUAGUACUUAAACUAUAUGGGUCCAAGCCAUAAAUUGAUCAGGCUUAGGUCUCUGGAACGUCGAACACAUUUUCACUUUCAGUAGGUGAGCAACUCCAGCUCGACAUGGAGAGAACAGAAAAACCGGAAACAGAAGCACUGUAAUUUUUAUUCAUGACAGCAGGUGGUGGUGUUAUGCGGGGACUGCUGCAUCAUCUCAUUUUUUUCUAAAGACAUAAGUCUUUUUUUUGUAAUUCUACUGAAUGAGAUUUCAUUCAUAGUUAACACAUUGUUUUUCCAAGUCAUGGUUAUAAAGUGUAAAGACUUGGGUUGCUAAGUUUUUAGGUUGACUAUAUGUCGUAAUUCAUGUCAUGGACUACUGUAAUAAGUACGCGUUGCGUUAAGCAGAAAUAAUUGAAGGCAUUGAAGUAUUCCAUUUUGCCAACUUCAGAAAGUAUUCUGGCAGAUGGUCGCUGAAAUAUGUUUCAGCAUAAUAGAACAUGGUUGCUGUUUUCCCCCCACUGUUACAAGAGAAAGUAAAAAUAUACAUAUUGUUUCUUUUUAACUGUAUAGUAUUUUAAAGAAAGAAAAACAAUGGUGCAU